AUGAGUUACACAGGGGAAAUUAAGAACGGCUCUCAGGCCGUGACGGGGUUCUUUGCCAGCAGGCUCGCGCACCCCUUUGUUCUUUUGUCCAACCUAAUGGCCGUCAAUAACUGCGAAACGCCAAAGGAGGAAAGUUGGAAAGAGCAGUUAAAACGAGAGAUAAUGGAGGAUGUUAAGGUCCAAAUGAAAAGCCUUGCUUGGGAAAUUGUGGCGGAGCUCAAACCUGUGGUUCAGCCCAACACUCCCACUUCAGCAACUUCCCGCCAACGGUGGUACAAUGAGCGCGAUGACCAAGGCCCAGAACUGCCCCCAGAAGUUGGAGACCUGAGCGAUCGGGCAGACCUAACGGCGCAACAACGGGAGCAGCUACGCACCCUACUGGCCAAGUGGGAGAAAGUGUUUGCCCAACAUGAGGAUGAUUUUGGAAGGACCAACCUCGUGCAACACAAAAUUCCAACUGGAAACUCCGCCCCCGUCAGGGAGAGGUACAGGCUCAUCCCACCCUUGUUAUACAAGGAAGUAAAGUCACUGCUUGUGGGCAUGCUGGAACAAGGGGUGAUCAAGGAAAGUUGCAGUCCCUGGGCAGCUCCUAUAGUUCUGGUCUGCAAUAAAGAUGGCACUUGGCGCUUCUGCAUGGACUAUAGGAAGCUAAAUGCGGUCACGCACAAGGACGCCUUCCCUUUACCCAGAAUUGAGGAAACACUGGUCUGA